UGCACGUGCCGGUUUUUCUUGUAGCAGAUUAUCGGAAAGACCCCCGAGGUAAAAAAAAGACUCAACUUCAGUAUUUUCAUGUGAAUCUCGAUUCUUCUGUUAUCUGUUAUUUUUCUUCUACGUAGCGUAAUUCGUGAUAAGAGGCAUACUCUAUAUGUUUUAAGCCUGUUCCUUUCCGGCCAAUUCAGAGUAAAACUAAGUGAAUUAUUUGACCUUGUCAACGAAAGUGGUUUAAAGCAGAUUAAAUGCUGAACAAUUAAGGUAAUAUUUAGUAUUUCAGAAUUUAAGAAAAUGGACCGUGAUGUUUAACAGAUUCAGUAACAUCUGACACGGAUGUGCCACUCUAUCCAUCGAAAUAAAACAAUGUUGAUAUUGGGCGACAAAUACUAGUCACGAAUACAAGUCAAAAACCACUUAUUGUAUACCUAACCCUGAGGGCAUUUUAAGUGGAAAGAGAGCGCAAAAUUAUCAAUCAUAUAUCUUUUUUAUGACUACUUUUCCAUUUUCUUAUAAAACUGCAAAACAAUUUUUAUCAAAAUUCAAUUUCCAGAACCCUUUUCCAAUUAAAAAAGAAAACAUAUUCCGGGCUUAAUUGAAGUCAUGGAAAGACGAAAGGGACGUUUGGAGAACGAGAAACUAUGUACAGAGCACGCGAGCAGCGAGAAACUGUUUCCACAGCUUUGUAGAGCCCUACAAAACUUUAACGAUUGUUUCUGUAACUCGAAGAAACACGGAGAUCGUUUUCAGUUUUUUUUCGAAUUCACCAAGUAGAAAAUUAAGGAAAAUUAGUCGUUUAGUUUGAUAAUUAAAUGUAAAUUCUCUUUGGUAGUGCUUGUUAAUGUUCAAUGUUUCUAUGGCAUUAAAAAUGGAAGUUUGGAUUUUAGCCCGUGCACAUUUUCUGCAGUGUCGUUUUCAAAUUAAUCAGAGCUAAACAGUGCGGGGCGUCUACUUGUCGUACUUAAUAACUGUUGGACACACUGACCUGACAAUAAUAACAAUCAUUUUUAGUCAGUUUCAAUAGGUUAGCACCUGUUCCGCCCUUUUUAUUUAAGAUCCGGGAACAUUGCAACUGCACUUAGCUUCAUUCUGUAACCCUUGCAGUUUGGCCGAUUCCGCGAUGCCCUUCAACAACACCACUGUCGGAGAAGCUGCUAAUACGACUCAAGCGACUCAAACAGUGGACAUAAUCAUGGAGCCAGCCUGGUUGACUAUCGUUCGACUUACCAUUGAAUGCAUAAUUGCGGUUGCUGGCAUCAUCGGAAACUUCGCAGUUUGCUUUGCUAUUACAAAGCACCGCACGCUGAACAUAGCACCUACCAAUACGUUGAUCAGGAAUGUGGCCAUCGGGGACCUGGCAACGCUUCUUAUAUCUUUCCCACUUGGUGUAGUCAGAGAACAAUUCACAUACUGGCCGCUUGGCGAGUUCACAUGUCGUUAUAUUUUCCCGCUAAUCGACAUCUUUUUUGGUGUGUCCGUUUGGUCUAUUGCUGCCAUAGCCUUCGAAAGGCGUCGCAUUUUGGGGGCCGACGUCCCUCGACUGGUUCUCAGAUCAUCAGCAGUGCCACGACUCGUCUGUGCUGCCAUCUGGCUCUUUUCCUUCCUUGGGAUUUCGCUGCCAUUGGUCCUUAUUUACAAGUACUAUCCAUCACCGGAUAUGAAGCCCAUAUGCCGGCCAAUUUGGCCAAACCCUAUAUUAAGCUUCAUCUACAGCAUCGCCAUGUCCCUGUUUACCUAUGUCAUCCCGUUGUCCUUGAUCUUUGUCACGUAUUGCACCAUCAAACGCAAGCUGUACAAGAGCGAAUCGUUUCAUAUUGAGAUGGCGGAUCAAAGUUUCAGAGGAACUUUCAAAAGCAGUCAAGUAACCCUUGUGAAAUCACGCAUCAAAAGGUUCAACAAAAUCAUGACUCCAGUGGUUGUUGUGUUCGCCAUCUCAGUUUUCCCUUUGAGCCUGUUCCGUAUACUCAUCUUGUUCUACUUUACUAACCCCGUAUUCGUGAAAUACUCUCAUGUAAUGUUCAGAAUCUGCUUCUUCUUUUAUAUCCUCAAUUCGGCAAGUAACCCAUUGAUUUAUUCUAUCGUCAAUAAGAGGUUUCGCCAGUCCUUUAGGGAAAUGCUCGCCUGGGCUUGAUGAUAGUUGAGACUGAUGAGCUGACAAUGAACAUGUCACCGAGAAAAUCGUAAGUCUAAAACGCACCUUAGAUAAACUGUUUAUUCCGAAUUAUACUCCGGAGUAAAUUCGCUUAGAAUGCUUCUAGAAGAACAUGUGUCUCCAUAGGAAUUAGAUUUAAAACAUGAACCUGAAUAUGGAUGCAUGCUUGAAAUACAAUUUGAGCGUAAAAAGACUUAAUUCUAUGACAGUUUUCGUUUAACUCUUUUCGCAGUUUAGGGUAAACUGUUGUCAGAAGCUAUUUGAAAUAAAUCUUUGCUUUUUAAAGUGUAAAAGAGCAAAAAAUAGAUAAAUAGAAUCAGUGAUAAUAAUUAUUCAAGAGACGAUGGUAUCAUCGUCUCUUAAAAAUGAUAAUUUUAAUAAUAACAAUAAUAAUAAAGAUA